AUGCCUCCCCAGUUAUUACCAGCUUCGGCUGCGGCCUUUGCGCCUCGAGCAUCAUCAGUCAACGUCGUCCUCGGCUCAAAGGUCGAGCCAUGGCUAACCCAGACCCUGAAGCGCGUCAACAGGGUGAAGCGCCCGCUCAACAGUGUACCGCAGCACCAGAGAUGUCUCACCGAGACCUUGUCGUCACCGAAUGCCAUCUGGACCCUGACCUCCAUGAUGCUUCCCAAGGCUCCGGAGUCCGAGUUGCGCCAAGACUCGAACCCCCUCGUCGAGGCCCUGUUCAACUACCAACUCCUCCAUAUCGAGGCCUAUAUUGUACAUGUCGACAUGGUCCUGCGGAAUGAAGUCGCCUUCAAGUUAACGCCUGACUCGAUCGAGUCCCUCAUAGAGUACCACAAGGAGGUUCACACUGUCGACGCCAAGGCCGGGACAUAUGAGUGGUCGGAAAAGGAGCAGCAAGCAAAGAAGCUGCACGAGGACUUCGUCCAGGCAAUCAACAAAUUUGUUUUCCGGACGCACGUAUCCGCCCUAGAAGGACUGGAAGAGGAAGGUGCUGGCGAGUUGCUUUGUGGAAAGAGUGAAGAGGUCAAGAACAACAUCAUGGGUCUGAUGAAGCCGCUUCUGCCGCCACCCCCGAGAAUUGUGGAUGUCGUCCGGCAACCGCCCUUGUUGCCCAGCUCACCAGCAGGCGCAAGCAUCUGGUCUCAGUCGACCCCGUCACCGGCAGCCGUGCCUGGGCCAGUAGAUUCAUGGAGGGUCCUGCCAUCGAGUCCCAGUGUCACAUCUACUUCCGCAGAUUCAACCCCGAUAUGGGCUAACAUGGCUCUGACCGAUGUUCAACUUCCAUCGCCGCCACAAUCGUUCAGUCAACCCUACUCGACCGCUGGGUUCUUCUACAGCUCGCCGAUGGUCACCGCCCCUAUCCCAGCACUACCGUUGCCAAGUAUGUUGACACCCCAGUGUGGUGUAAGUGCUGGAUAUGGCGGGUUUGGCUGGGAUCGCUACCAAGAGUACGCAACGACAAUGUGA